GAAGGAGAAGGAGAAGGAGAAGGAGAAGGAGAAGGAGAAGGAGAAGGAGAGGAGAAGGAGAAGGAGAAGGAGAAGGAGAAGGAGAAGGAGAAGGAGAAGGAGAAGGAGAAGGAGAAGGAGAAGGAGAAGGAGAAGGAGAAGGAGAAGGAGAAGGAGAAGGAAGGAGAAGGAGAAGGAGAAGGAGAAGGAGAAGGAGAAGGAGAAGGAGAAGGAGAAGGAGAAGGAGAAGGAGAAGGAGAAGGAGAAGGAGAAGGAGAAGGAGAAGGAGAAGGAGAAGGAGAAGGAGAAGGAGAAGGAGAAGGAGAAGGAGAAGGAGAAGGAGAAGGAGAAGGAGAAGGAGAAGGAGAAGGAGAAGGAGAAGGAGAAGGAGAAGGAGAAGGAGAAGGAGAAGGAGAAGGAGAAGGAGAAGGAGAAGGAGAAGGAGAAGGAGAAGGAGAAGGAGAAGGAGAAGGAGAAGGAGAAGGAGAAGGAGAAGGAGAAGGAGAAGGAGAAGGAGAAGGAGAAGGAGAAGGAGAAGGAGAAGGAGAAGGAGAAGGAGAAGGAGAAGGAGAAGGAGAAGGAGAAGGAGAAGGAGAAGGAGAAGGAGAAGGAGAAGGAGAAGGAGAAGGAGAAGGAGAAGGAGAAGGAGAAGGAGAAGGAGAAGGAGAAGGAGAAGGAGAAGGAGAAGGAGAAGGAGAAGGAGAAGGAGAAGGAGAAGGAGAAGGAGAAGGAGAAGGAGAAGGAGAAGGAGAAGGAGAAGGAGAAGGAGAAGGAGAAGGAGAAGGAGAAGGAGAAGGAGAAGGAGAAGGAGAAGGAGAAGGAGAAGGAGAAGGAGAAGGAGAAGGAGAAGGAGAAGGAGAAGGAGAAGGAGAAGGAGAAGGAGAAGGAGAAGGAGAAGGAGAAGGAGAAGGAGAAGGAGAAGGAGAAGGAGAAGGAGAAGGAGAAGGAGAAGGAGAAGGAGAAGGAGAAGGAGAAGGAGAAGGAGAAGGAGAAGGAGAAGGAGAAGGAGAAGGAGAAGGAGAAGGAGAAGGAGAAGGAGAAGGAGAAGGAGAAGGAGAAGGAGAAGGAGAAGGAGAAGGAGAAGGAGAAGGAGAAGGAGAAGGAGAAGGAGAAGGAGAAGGAGAAGGAGAAGGAGAAGGAGAAGGAGAAGGAGAAGGAGAAGGAGAAGGAGAAGGAGAAGGAGAAGGAGAAGGAGAAGGAGAA